AUGGCGAGCCGAAACCAACAUCCCGUGGUAUCGUAUCAACCACUGAGACUUUUAUUCCAGCUAUCGUAUCUCUUCACCAUUAUCCCACGCCUACCCUACUACAUUGCCGUGGCCUUGAUUCCGUUGUGGAGGCCACAUCCGACAUGGACACCUAAACAGGCCUUCAUGACCCGCCUGACCUACCCGAUAUUGGAUAUCAUAUCUCGAGUUGGAAUCACAGAAACGCUGACAUUGCAAGCGGGCAAAGAAGGUGAGCGGUUCCAAGUUGUAAAGCCGUCUAUUUUGGACGUUUACAAGGGGCCGCUGGCGAAUAAAACCACCAAACCCGCAACGAUUGGGGGUACAUGGUUCCCAACAGUUCCCGGUGCCGAUAUCAUUUCCAAAACCGUCGUGCUCUACCUCCACGGGGGAGCCUUCGUACAAGGCGAUGGUCGGGACGCGCAAUGCGGUUCCAUCGCUGAAAAGUUGCUCAGGAAGGGCGGCGCGAAUGCUGUCUUUUCUGUGCAAUACCGCCUUUCUGGAUAUAACGGCCUGAAUCCGUUUCCGGCCGCCUUGCAAGACGCGCUAUCCAGCUACCUGUACCUGCUGAAUGACCUGCACGUGCCUGCAUCGCAAAUUGUUCUGGCCGGUGAUAGCGCCGGCGGCAACCUGGCGACAGCGUUUCUGCGGUACCUUCACGAGUUUGGGAACGGGAUCAAAGUGCCCCCACCCAAGUGCGCCGUGUUACUCUCUUCGUGGGUUGCACCCUAUGAAUACCAAACGACAGGCAACCCACACCGUGGGACCGAUUUCAUCCCGUCGUCAUACCCCAAAUGGGGGGCGCACGCGUAUGGGGACGGCCUACCGAACGCUGCAUCGGACCCGUACAUCACGCCACUGGGGAAUCCGUUCCGCACGCCCGUGCCCAUAUUCUCCAAUGCCGGCGCGGCUGAGUUGUUCUAUGAGCGCAUCGUCCGAUGGGGCGAUGAGAUGCGCGGGAUCGAGGGGAAUGUGGUGGAGACGAACUUGGAGCCAGCCGCAGUCCACGACACCUUUUUUGUAGCCGAUGCGCUGGGUUUCGAGAAGAGCGCCUGGGACGUUGCGGCCAAGAUCGGGGAGUUCGUGCGAAAAUUCUAG